AUGGUCUCAAAUGAAGCCCAUCAGUAUAUGGGGAUUGUCCAGUUAUUGAAGCAUUUUGGAUGGACCUGGGUUGGAUUCAUUGUUUUGAGAGAUGAGAGUGGAGACCAUUUCUUGCAGAUUUUGGAACCUUUGCUUUUCCAGAAUGGAAUCUGUUCUGCCUUCAUACAAAGAAUCCCUAGCCAAGGUCGUUUGCUUUCUUUUACUGAAAUCAAUGAACUCUCCUCAAGUAUUUAUCAACCUUUCAUGGACAGCAGAGCCAAAAUAUUUGUUGUGUAUGGAGAAACUCUUACAGUUAUGUGGCUGAGUUCUUUAAUGUUUCAGCCAGAUUCUUAUUACCAGGAAAACACAUCUGUUGGAAAAUUGUGGAUUGUGACUGCGCAGAUUGAUUUCACAAUCAUGGGCCUUGUAACAAGCUGGAAUUCAGAAAUAUUCCAAGGGACCAUGUCUUUUGAGGUUCCUUCAAAUGAACCGCUAGGGUUUCAGACAUACGUUCGGAGCCUAAAAUGUUGCUGGGCACCAGAGGACCGUUUUCUAAAGGACUUUUGGGAGCAAGCCUUCAACUGUAAAUUUUCAAAUUCUGAAGGAUCACUGGAGCAGUUGAAAAUAUGCACUGGGGAGGAGAAGUUGGAGACGCUUCCGAGUUCUGUUUUUGAAAUGCAGAUGACUGGCUACAGCUACAGUAUCUUUAAUGCUGUCUAUGUCUUGGCACAUGCUUUACAUGCAAUGUCUUCAUUUAGGUCCCACCGCCAAGCAUUGGUGAAUGGGAAAAGACUUGCAUGGCAAGAUCUUCAACCUUGGCAGCUUCACCGGUUUCUUCAAGGCAUUUCCUUUAACAACUCAGCUGGAGAACGAGUAACUUUUAAUGAUAGAAUGGAGGUUGCAACUGGCCUUGAUAUAAUGAAGAUGGUCCUAUUCCCAAACAACUCCUUCACUCAAGUGAAAGUUGGGAGGAUAGAUUCCGAGGAAAGGCAGACAUUCAGCUUUUACCAAGAUAAAAAGAGUUGGCAAAGGCAUUUCAACCAGGUUCUGCCCUUUUCUCUGUGUAGUGAUCCUUGCCAGCCUGGUUACCAAAAGAAAAAGACAGAAGGGGAGAAAUUCUGCUGCUAUGAUUGUGCUCCCUGCCCAGAAGGGAAGAUUUCACACCAAAAAGAUAUGGUUGACUGUUCCCCGUGCCCAGAAGAUCAAUAUCCAAGCAAGAGGCAAGAUCAAUGUAUUUUCAAGACGUUAAGCUUUCUGUCUUAUAAAGAACCAUUAGGAAUGAGUUUAGCUUUGGUCACUGUUAGUCUAUUCAUAACUACAGCAUUUGUCCUUAGAACCUUUGUUAAGCACCAAGACACUCCCAUUGUCAAAGCCAACAACCGGGAACUAACAUACACACUCCUUCUCUCUCUUCUCCUUUGCUUCCUUUCACCUUUACUGUUUUUUGAGCAGCCUAACAAGACAACUUGCUUUCUUUGCCAAUCUGCUUUUGGCAUCAUUUUUGCUGUGGCUGUUUCCUGUGUAUUAGCUAAAACCAUCACCGUAGUUGUGGCUUUCAUGGCCACCAAACCAGGGUCCAACAUGAGGAAAUGGUUGGGGAGAAAACUGGCCAGUUCCAUUGUUAUUUCCUGCUCUCUCGUUCAAGCAAGUAUUUGUAUGUGGUGGAUGACAACCUCUUCCCCUUUCCCAAAUUGGGACAUGCAAUCUCUCACCAGUGAAAUCAUAGCAGAAUGUAAUGUGGGAUCUGCUGUCCUCUUCUAUCUUGUCCUGGGCUACUUGGGAUUUCUAGCCAUGAUUAGUUUUAUGGUGGCUUUUUUUGCCAGGAAGUUGCCAGAUGCCUUCAAUGAAGCCAAAUUUAUCACUUUCAGCAUGCUGAUGUUUUGUAGUGUUUGGUUGUCUUUUGUCCCCACUUAUCUGAGCACAAAAGGGAAGUACAUGGUGGCUGUGGAGAUCUUCUCCAUCUUAGCUUCCAGCGGUGGAUUGCUGUGUUGUAUCUUUUUCCCCAAAUGCUACAUUAUUCUGUUGAGACCUCAGUUAAACAACAGAGAACAGUUAAAAAGAAAUAAUUAA